UAAAUUCUUUAAUAAAUUUAAGGUUCUAAAAAUGGCUGAUGUUGUCCGGUUAAGAUUUCCUCGUCUAAAUACAUUAAUUGCUUGUGCAUCUGUUGUUGUUCAGAGAAGAAUAAAAUCUCAUGAUGGGCUUGAACUUACUUUACAAAUUAACCACCUUUCUCACAUUGUUUUAUUCACUGAAUUACUUCCUUUGCUUGAGCUAAAUUCUCCAUCAAGGAUUUUAACUGUCGGUUCUAUGUUGCAUAAUUUGUAGGUUUUUAUUAGGGUUCGAACUUCCAUAUUUCCGGGUCUUGUAUCCGGGGUACUUAUUUUAAACUGACCAUGGCCAGGCUUUCUGG